GCGGGGCGCUCGGGCUAGCAGCGCGGGCCGGCCGGUACGCUGCGGCUGGGCGGGCGUGGAUCAGUUGUUUGCUUGCAUUGCCGUGGAGCACCUCGUGCUGCCGCAGUGCUGCCGCCGCGGGGGCAGAUUCUCUGGGAUUAACAUCGCCUGCUGCUGUCCCACCCGCUUGACGCCAUGGACGCGUUUAUGCUGGCUGUAGUACUGGUGGCGUUGGCGAUAUUCGCCCGGUACUUGAAGAGGAAGCACCUGGUGGAAACACUGGAUCGAAUCCCAGGGCCCCCAGGGUACCCGGUCAUCGGGAACACUAUGGACCUUGUACACUUCAAGUUCAAUUUAACCAACGCCGUGGCGUCGUGGACAGCGCAGUACGGAGAUAUCUUCAAGAUCUGGCUGGGAAAUGUUCCGUUCGUUAUUCUGACGAAACCCGAAGAUCUCGAGAUCCUUCUGAGUAGCAACAAACACAUCGAGAAGGCGGAGCUAUACGCCUUGCUGCACCCAUGGAUUGGCGAGGGCCUUCUCACAAGCACAGGAAAGAAAUGGCAUACCAGAAGAAAGCUUUUGACACCCACUUUCCACUUCCGUAUUUUGGACCAGUUUGUGGAGGUGUUCAACAGGUGCGGAGAACUCUUUGUGAAGAAACUGUUAGAGCAAAAGGAAGCUGUCAAUGUUCACGAACUCAUCACACUCUGCACCCUGGACAUUAUUUGCGAAACUGCCAUGGGAACUAAAGUCGAGGCCCAGAACGACGCGACCUCGUCCUAUGUAACAGCCGUCCAUAAGGCUUUGAUUUCCUUCCAUCAACGCACCAUGAAGCCCUGGCUACACCUCAACGCCAUCUGGAACAUGAGUAGUGACGGCAAGAACUUCAACAGUGCGGUCACAGAGCUCCACAAGUACACCAACGACGUCAUCAGCAGCAGGAGGAAGGAGAGGGAGUCCAGGCGCAAAGACUCGCUAAAGACUGACCAAGACUUAGGCUUGAAGAAGCGCGAGGCUUUCCUGGACCAGCUGCUGGACGCCAGCGACAGCGGGGCUGACCUGACAGACACUGAUAUCCGGGAGGAGGUGGACACCUUCAUGUUUGAGGGCCACGACACGACCGCGGCCGCUCUGUCCUUCAUCAUGUACAACGUGGCGGCGCAUCCGGAGGUUCAGCAGCGGCUGCGCGAGGAAAUGUUCGACCUCUUUGGCGACUCGGACCGACAGGCCACGGUCCAGGACAUCCAGAACAUGAAGUACGCCGAGCGGGUGGUGAAGGAGAGUCUGCGCCUGUACCCCAGCGUGCCGCUCUUUGCCAGGAAGAUGCGCGAGGACUUGCCUCUCACUGAUGGAUACGUACUCCCCGCUGGCACUAACGUCACAGUUAGCUGCCUCCAGAUGGGCAGUAACCCUAAGCACUGGCCCGAGCCGGAAAAGUUUGACCCCGACCGGUAUCUGACUGAAAACUCCUCUGGCAGACAUCCUUACGCCUACGUUCCCUUCUCGGCCGGUCCGAGAAACUGUAUUGGUCAAAAGUUUGCCAUGAUGGAAAUGAAGUCUGCUCUGAGCAAAAUUGUCCGUUCCUGCGAUCUCAGCCUCCCAAGCCCCGGCUACAAGCCUCGCAUCGAGGGGCAGGUCAUUCUCAGAGCGCCAGAGGGCGUCUUUCUCAAGGUGGCACCCUAUAGGGCCAAGGCUUAAGCCGAGGACUGUUUAUAAAAGUACCUGUAAUUUCUUAUCUGCAUGUCAUGUAAAACGCCAUAAGGAGAAUUUUAAUGAAAAUUGUGAUUUUUAGAUUAAGAUGAUUAUUAAACCGAGAUUUGUGAUUA